AUGCACCAUCUUCUGUUGAUACGUAAUGCAGUUCUUGGUGCAUCAGCUUCCAUACCGUUUUUCGAAGGUCCAAACUAUGGCUUGGAAGAAUCGCCAUCCCUUGAAGAAGUUGAACAUCCCAUUGCUCGUCCGGUCAACGCUCCAGUUCUCACUUUGGAUGGAUGUAGUGUUCGAGACGUUGUGCUUGAUAGCAUGCGCCAGUUGCUGGAGUAUCUAUUUGAACACUCAGAAGACGACGUUAAAUCAAUUCAACAAGUCGUUGUGAUCCUAAACACUUUGGCGUCCUGUCGAGGCUUGAAUUCUGAAUUAUUUGUCACGUCAGUGUUGAGCUACCGGACAACCAAAGCAAUUCUCAGCGAUCAAAUUGCUGGGAAUCGUGGAAACAUCGAAAUGCUUUCUGAGGAAUAUACUCUGCUGAUGCACAAGAAACGAAAUGUUACCCAAAGCGGAUAUCAGUGCAAACCGCAGCAUAUAGAGAUUCUACGCAUGUUGGUCAAGAUUGGUACUAGUACAUAUAGUCAGGGAGCCCUCCAUAUGCUCACUGAUCAUAAACGCGAUGCUCUGGUGUUGCGAGCCGGCUUUGAGGCACAACUACUUGCGAUGCCUGCUAGUUGGCACCAGUCACAAUACAGACGAGAAAUGCGUCAACAUUGCAUUGUCAUUGGGGCUAAGCAAAAGGAAGCCUGUCCGUUAAAUGCAAGCCAUGGAAUACCAUCUGCAGAUGUUGUGGAAGCGAACGCAGGCAAUUUAGUGAAAUUAAAGGAGAAGCUGACAAGGCAAUAUUACGAGUUGGCUGAGAAGCUUUUGUCAUUGGCCACUGAUCCUAAUCUGCACUGGCGGCACGUCGACAUGGCUCAAGCUUUCUUAUCACUUCUCGUACGCAGAGAUAUACCGUACCCGGAACCAGUUCUGCGAAUGUGGGUUCGCCUUUUGGUUCACGAUACGGUGAAAGCUCGCAGAAUGGCAACGGCAGUGGUGGCUAGCUGGUUGAAGCUGAACAAGCCAAAGGCUGUCAAGAGGGAAUGGGUUAUUCCGAAUAAGGAGCCGAACACAUCAGUAGGGGCCAGAUGGCCUAUUCAUUAUGGCAUUAGGGAUGAUAACCGAUGUAUGAUGUAUGAGGAGAAGCUGUUGCCGAAAACAGAGGAAGAGUGGAACAAGUUCCAGUUCUGCGGGAAGCAACACUGGGGAUUUUACACAUGGCCAGAAAAACUGAUAACUUACGCACCACUAGGGGAACAAGAUGCCAUUGAUAGACACGACGAGGAUCUGUCUGAGACGGAACGAUUCAUCGUAGAGACAUUCCGCGAUCCAGAGUUUUCGGCUCGCUUAAGAGAGCUUUUCGCAGUGGAGGAGUCAAAAGAAGAUUCUUUUAACGCUGUGAACUUCUCCCUCUUUCAGGGGCUCUUCCGAUGUUUCAACGACAUUCUCUGUGGCGUUUUCAAAGAGCAUCUAGAAGUGCUAAUUAUGAGUCCGAAGGAAGAGGCCAUGAGGAAUUGGGGUGUAUGUGUAGCCACUGUGUGUGGAUGUUCGGAAUCGCGUAUGUUAAAACCACUGCUUGACAUACUUUUUGCGCUUGUAAACAGACCGACAGAAAGUGCAUUCGCGGCACAAUCACGUCUCUUUCUGUUGCAAGGAGGACUAUGUCAGUUCGAAUGGCGUACAAUCGAACUUUGGAAUAAGGUGGUAGCGCUUUUAUCCAAAGCCGCUGUUGUUCAACAAUAUGCGAAUCUCCGAGAACGUAUGGCAAUAUCACUUGUGACAGCUUCUUGGUUCGAUUUGCCAACAAUCUACUAUAGUCCUAGUAUACCUGACUCGCUGCGUGCUCCUACCGUAGCAGACGCAUCGAUUAAUGGAACUGGAGAUCCUGAAGUUAAAACGACAUCUCCUGUCUGGCCUCAAACGAGCACUACCUCACUUGACAUGUUGCCGGGACCAGUCACUUUACUCGUUGAUGAAGAAUUGUACAAGCAGUGUUUCUCUUUGCUGUCCAAGCUACUGCAGGCGACUUACAUCCCAGCUGCUCAUUUGCCAUGCAUAAUGCAAGUGUUCCGUCAGGCCGCAUUCAGCGAUCGUGCGAACUCGAAGGAUCCCAUUAUCCGUCACGGUGGCGUUCUUGGGCUGUCAGCUAUUGUACUCGCUGCUCCGUACACGGUGCCAUCGUAUUUCCUGAUGUCCUGA